AUGAGCCAUGGAACACUUGAGUGCCACUCGCCGUGUGGCCAUUGCGGCGCGCCGAACCCAAAGGCCAGGCCUGACAUUCAAAAGUACGCGGAUGUCCCAUGGCUCGAAUCUUACGACCACCCUAUUCACAACCAGCAGCCCCAUGUGGCGUCGGAUUGCCCCGUCGCUCGGCAGAACCGAUGCAAAUGCGUGCCCUUCCCGACCUUCCACGUCGCCGCCCGGUGCGGCAUUGCCUGCAGCCGGAGCUGUGGCAACGGCGCUCCACGAGGCAGUUUCCAGCACCCCAACGCCAUGCUCUGUAAAUCCCGAUGUUGCAUGUGCGGGCUGCGUGGUCACAGCGGCCGCGAAUGCCGGCUGAAAAAGUGUCGCUGCGGCGACGCCCACCUAGGCCAGGAUUGCACGUGGAACCCCGUCUGUCGCGUCCCCGACUGUGACCGCUAUCUGUGCGGCAUGCACUGCCGCGAGUGCGGCAGCAUGGAGAAGCCCUUCCUGCGCUGGCGCUGCGGCCGCUGUCUCGGCUUUGACGGUCCGCUUCAGUGGGGCGACCGGAAAGAUUCUCGGAGGCGAGGUAAAGUGGGCUUACCGGGUGGUGACGAAAGAGCGGAGGCUCCGGCUUCUGCGCCGCAAAACCAGACAGAACUAGCUGCGUCGGAAGCGACGACUCCACCAUCCAGCCUAUUUGGCGGCCCCCGGCAACCUUAUAAGAAGGACGGGUCUCUGGAUGCUACGAGCAAUGAAAAAUGA